UCAGUACCUACGCUAGCUUGACGCGGCUAGCUGUUAGCUUCAGGCGGCGGCAGCACGAGUCUCCUCCUUUCUGUAAACAUCGAGUAGAUCCCGGGUCCAUCGGGUUCUGAGGGGAACCAGGACGUCGUGUCUGCUCUGCUGCCCGGCAUGGAGGCCGCCGCCCGGCCUGCAGGAGGUCUGAACCGGUGAAGAACCCGAACAGAACGGUGGACUCGUCGCCUCCCCAGAUGUGGCCUCCACCUCUGCUGAGACUUCUGUUCAUGAACGGCGAGGGCGCUCUGAUUGGUCGGCUGCGGCUGGGCCUGGAGGGAUGACAGGACUUUGGCCGACAUGGAGACGGGAGAGACACGCAGGCUUCUCCGUCUACUUUAAUCUUAAAGCCAUACAGACGUCACAAUGAGCUCGGAGGGCUUCCAGUACCGAGCGCUUUACGACUACAAGAAGGAGCGCGAGGAGGACAUCGACCUGCGUGUCGGAGACAUGCUGCUGGUCAGCAAAGGAGCGCUGCUCGCUCUCGGCUGCAGCAACGGAGCCGAGGAGCGUCCGUCGGAGAUCGGCUGGCUGCCGGGCUUCAACGAGACCACACAGGAGAAAGGCGACUUCCCGGGAACGUAUGUGGAGUUCAUUGGCAGGAAGAGGAUGUCUCCGCCCACACCUAAGCCCCGCCCCCAGAGGCCGGCGUCUGCAGCCUCCGUGAGGGCGGACUCAGAGUCAGAGGGAUUCGUGUUGCCAGAUCUCCCCGAGCAGUUCGGACCUCCGGACUCAGCUCCGCCUCUCCUCAGCCGACUGAUGGAGGCCGUCGAGACCAAAGGUGUGGACAGUCUCAGUGUGUAUCGCAGUCUGAGUGGAGGAGGACUGGACACCCGACAGCUGGCCGAAGCCGACCUGGAGCAGCUGGAGUUGUCGUCCCUGUGUGACGGGGUGAUCCGGUUCCUGCAGGAUCUGCCGGGUCCCGUCCUCCCGUCCUCGCUGCAGGCCGACAUGAUUCAGACGGUUCAAGAUGUCCGGGACCUGGAGGAGUGGGCCCAGGUUCUGCGGGGGAUCGCCAGCUCGCCGACCUGCCCGGCCCAGUACGGCCUGACCCUGCUCAGCGUGGUCCGACACCUGGCCCGGCUCUGCCUGCUCGGAUCCAGGACCCAGCUGAGCCCCCGAAACCUGGCGGAGGGCUUCAGCCCGCUGCUGUUCAGGUCCGAGUCCAGUCUGGAUCCUCUGGUUCAGGUCCUGGAGGUUCUGAUCACCAGCGAGCUCAACAUGAUCCAGGCUGCACCAGCGUUGCCUCCUAAACCGGUCAAGUCUUCAGCUCCAGCAGCUUCCUGCACUUUCAACAACAGUAUUUCUCUGACGGACGCCGAGUGGUACUGGGGAGACAUCUCCAGAGAGGAGGUGAAUGAGAAGCUGAGAGACACAGCUGACGGUACGUUCCUGGUUCGAGACGCCUCCACCAAGAUGCACGGAGAUUACACUCUGACUCUCAGGAAAGGAGGCAACAACAAGCUGAUCAAGAUCUUCCAUCGGGAGGGAAAGUACGGCUUCUCCGACCCGUUGACCUUCAGCUCGGUGGUGGAGCUCAUCAACCAUUACCGCCACGAGUCCCUCGCCCAGUACAACCCCAAACUGGACGUGAAGCUGCUGUACCCGGUCUCCAAACACCAGCAGGACCAGGUGGUGAAGGAGGACAGUAUCGAAGCUGUGGGGAAGAAGCUCCACGAGUAUCACCUGCAGUAUCAGGAGAAGAAUCGAGAGUACGACAGACUGUACGAAGAGUACACCAGAACCUCGCAGGAGAUCCAGAUGAAGAGGACGGCCAUCGAGGCGUUCAAUGAGACCAUAAAGAUCUUCGAGGAGCAGUGUCAGACUCAGGAGCGCUUCAGCAAAGAGUACAUCGAGAAGUUUCGCCGAGAGGGCAACGACAAGGAGAUCCAGAGGAUCAUGGAGAACUACGACAAGCUGAAGUCUCGGAUCAGUGAGAUCGUGGACAGUAAGCGCCACCUGGAGGUGGACCUGAAGAAACAGGCAGCCGACUACAGGGAGAUCGACAAGAAGAUGAACAGCAUCAAACCAGACCUGAUCCAGCUCCGCAAGACCAGGGACCAGUACCUCAUGUGGCUGACCCAGAAGGGAGUCCGUCAGAGGAAACUGAACGAGUGGCUCGGCCUGAAGAACGAGACCACAGAGGAUGAGUACAGCAUGGUGGAGGAUGAGGAGGACCUUCCUCACCACGACGAGCGUCUGUGGCGUUUAGGAAACAUCAACCGGAUUCAGGCCGAGUCUCUGCUCCGCGGGAAGAGAGACGGGACGUUCCUGGUCCGGGACAGCAGCAAGCCGGGCUGCUACGCCUGCUCCGUGGUGGUGGAAGGAGAGGUGAAACACUGCGUCAUCAACAAGACGAGCACCGGUUUUGGUUUCGCCGAGCCGUAUAAUCUGUACGGCUCUCUGAAGGAGCUGGUUCUUCACUACCAGCACACCUCGCUGGUCCAACACAACGACUCGCUCAACGUCACGCUGGCCUUCCCCGUCUACAGCCAGCAGAGACGGUGACCAUCCUGGUGCUGCAGGACUCGGAGGAUGUUUUAUUGUGAAAGUCUUCACGUGGAGCUUUAACUUCCUGAACUUUUUUUCUCAUCAGAGACGGAGAGGAAACACACCUGAGGUCAGAAUCACAAAGAAACGUUUAGUCUGACCAGAUCAGAGGGCGUGAGAGGCGUUCAGGGACUCUCAAAAGAAAAUUAGAAAAGUGAAACUCAGUUCAGUAAAGUGAUUUAUUCAAACCGACUUUUAUCAUUAUGACACUUUGUGACAAAUCAAAAAGCAGCUUCAUGCCGACGGCGUCACGGCUCUGAAUCCAAUAUUAAUUAUUAUUAUUAUUAUUAUUAUUAAUAAUCACUAUGACGACGUGAUUAACGUGACAUCAUGUUUGUUUGUAAACAGAUUCUCUAGUGAUCACGUGACAGAAGAGGAAGAGGAGGAAGGUUGUUAACUAGAACGGGCAGGAGCUUUUAGGCUGACGAGACCGAAACUAAGUUCUUCUCCUUCCUCAUUUUUCUUUUUCUUCUUUUUCUUCUUCUUCUUCCUAUUCCUCCUUUUUCUUAACACGAUGAAACGUUCAGAUUUAAAGUUUGAUGAGAUUGUUUACGGUCUGUUGUUUUUUUUAAAGUAAUAAAACUCGUCUCACACUUUUCAACACAUGAACUGUAAAAUAAUAUUUUAAUACAACGAGGAUUUUAACGUGACAGUGAGCUUUAAAUGCUGAACAGCUGCGGUGCGUUCAGGUUCACCUUUCCCAAGACCACGACCGCAGAGGGCGUCGCCGCGGUUACCAACUCCUCUGAAUUCUUUUUGUUUACCACCAGAGGAGAAACGAGGUUCUGAACUGUUGAACUGUCGCCUCGUUUCACCUCCUGGAGGUCAGAGGUCACGUGGACGGGACUCCUCCUUUUUAAUCCCACAGAGCAGAACCACAACGAUGGACUGAUGAUGAUGAUGAUGAUGAUGAUGAUGAUGAUGUCAAAGACAAAAACGAAAUGGCGGACAAUCCAGAGAGGCUUCUCUUGCAUAAACACUGUGUGACUGAACGAGGUUUGAAAUGAGGACGAGUUGAUCCACAUUUUAUAAAUCAGGAGAAAAAAUAAACAAGAAAAACCUGAAUCAUCCAAAGACUCGACCCCCCGACCCCCCUCCUCCUAAUUAACCCCGUCAGUGUUUUUUAAGGUCCAGUUUCUUCAGGUUUGUUGUGGUUUUGUUUAAUUUGCCGGAUGAUUCUUCAACUCUUUCAUAUUUUAAUAAACGUCUGUCGGCACAGAGAUUCACUUGGAUCUUUUCUGGAUCGACUCAAAAGUUUAUUUUUCAGCUCGUUUGAAGGACUCGUUGACAAAACGUAACUUCUGAACUUUACCGAUGUAAAAAAUGAAUCCUGAUUUUCCUCUUUAUUGAUUAAAUGUUUUCCUUCUUUGUGCUUUUGGACUCGCGGCUUCCUUUGAACCAGGUACAGGAGACCAAACUCUGAACGGAGUCCAAAGUAUUUCAACGUCUUUCCACCAAAAUCUAAACGUUUCACAUUCGUUUGUAAAUGUCCUGAAUAUUUUCAAGCUCUGGUUUUAAUUCUUUCUCAGAAUUCCUGUUUUUUCUUUCUUCUCAUUACCUGACAUUGAAACCAAACUAGUGAGCUGUGAUAUGAAACGAUAAGAGAGUUAACUGUUUAAGAACUCUGGUGAAUAAAACGGUCUGAAGGCUUCAGUUCAGAAAAAACAAAA